AUGCAGCCUUCCGAGUUCACUGGCAAUCUGGGUCCGUGGGCCCGUCAGCUGGAUUGGCAUGUCUACUGGGCGGGAAAGCCGGUGGGUGAGAUUGGUGAGCUGCGUGGACCUCCACCUUCGGUGCAGAUGGGCCAGCAGCGUGAUCCACACCCUUGGAAGGGCGGGCACGGCUACAUUUGCCAGUGGAUCUUUCUUGUUUGCCGGCAGGUGGCUGCGCUGUGGAUGCACAACCUGCUCCGUGCUGGCCGUACGACGCAGCAGGUCUUCCAUGCUCAUGGGCCGGAUGUCAGCAAGCCUUACAGCCUCAGCGACAACACAGUCCGGCGGCGUGCCGACCUGUGGGCAUUUCUUGUGGCGCUGCUGGUGCACGUCUGGUUUGACGGGGAUGCGCUGGGCUACUACGGCAGCAACGAGCCGUGGGACCAUCACGGCGUGGAUGAAGAGAUUGCAGAGGCCCUUCUGGAGAUCCGCGACUACUACAAUGACAGCGAAGCGGUGGUAGAGGGGGAUUCCCAUCCGCUUGUCACCGCAGAAGGCACAAGGCUGCUUCUGCAACUCUCGGUCUGCCUUGUCCAGCAGCGGCCGGCCCAGUUUGGUCACACAGAGGAGCUUGCAUUGUCGCGGCUCUUUCUGCACCUGUGCGUAUCCAGCGACGGCACGCUGAAGCCAGUCAGCGCUGCAACCUCAGACAUGGCUGCCCUGCAGUUCUGCUUCCGAGCCGUGCUUCACGAGCACCUGCUGGGUGAAGAGAACGGUGUGUUCUUCACUUUGUCGUUGGGCACCACGGUGGAAGCCAUCUCUGCCGAGGUCAAGAAGUAUGUCCAUCACGACAGCCAUUCAGCCAGCGCGUACCUGCAGUCGCUGCACUGCUACGGGACCGUUCUGGCGCAGGAGGAUGGCGGAGCGAUGGCGUUUCACUGGAGCAAGGACCUCAGCAAGAUCUCCUUUGGCUUGGUGGAGAUGGCGGUGGAUCAGCUUCAAGCGCUGAUGCACGGUGCGCAGAAGCAAGCCGCCAAGCUGCUGGCAGAGCUGCGUCUUGUGGGGGCAUAG